AUGGCUGCAAUGUCGGAACAAGAGAUCUCGAUGGGCGGUAAAUCUUUACAAGCACUGCCCACUGGAUACGUUUUCAAACCGACAGAUGAAGUAGUUCUAGAAUACUUGAGCAGAAAGGUCCGAGGACUCGAGCUGCCGUCCAAUGCCGUGAUCGAGAUGGAUGUAUAUGCUCGUGAACCCUGGUUGCUCAAAUCAAGUCCAACUGUGGGAUCUAUAAGUGAUGAGGCUUACUACUUUGUGAAGAGACAAAUUAAGUCUGCUUCCGGGAAUCGAAAAACAUCCAAACGAGGUCUUGAAGGCGGUGACCUCAAUGGGGGAUGGUGGAAGACUACAACUGGGGACAAGCCCAUUAAAGAUAAGCAAAGUUGCCUCCUCGGUUUCAAGAAGUCAUUGAACUUCUACAGCUACAAAUCUAAGAACCGAAAUCGUAAAGAGUGCAUCAAAAGUGACUGGAUCAUGCAUGAAUUCAAACUCCACUCAAAUAAGUUUCAAGAAUGGGUCAUGUGUCGUAUAAAGUGCAAGGAUAAGAACAGAAAUAAGAAGGCGAUGCAGGAGGAUGAAUGCACUGAACACAUAGUUGACAGUUUCCUACAUUCUGCCCUGGAAGAAGGAAAAGAGAGGGGCAAUAUUAGUGCUGCUCAAGUGCAAAUCUUGAAGCAAGAAGUAAAUGAUGCAGCGGACAUACAAUUCAAAUUGAAAGAUAAUCAGCAGCAAUGCCUGCAGCCACCUCAAUUCUCACAAAACACUAUUCAAGCAAAUAAAAGUUGGUUACAGAUUGCAUUGUCGAAUGAGCAUGGGGUGCAAAAGCAUCAAGAGCCACAUGGACAGAAUGAACUGGAGCUUCCGGGGCUCAAGCCACUGUAUGCAAGGUACCAGAAUGAAUUAGCCAUAUCCCAACUGGAAGAUAUGAUACAUAGGGACAAAGAGUCGUUGGGAACCUGCAGGGGAGAGGGAGAUGAAAGUUUUUCAGCAAGUCAGAUAUCUUAUAAAUACCCUCCUUCAGCAGCCAAAUAA